CAUUCAGCUUUUUUACUUUUUCUUUUUCUGCUGUGAAUUCUGAGAAACCUGUCAUCAUGAGCUCUGAGGUUUCAGGUGAAGAUCAUCAUGGUGAUCAUCAAAAUGAAGACACUGCAGGAACAAAACGCUCUUAUGAUUGUACAUUCUGCAAGAGAGGCUUCACAAAUGCUCAGGCUUUAGGGGGUCACAUGAAUAUUCAUAGGAAGGACAGAGCCAAGGGAAAACAAGAACAAACCCCAAACCCUUUUUCUUCCAUUCAAGGAAAAUUCACCAACUAUGAACAAUCCUAUUCCUCUAUGACCCUUCCUUUUACUUCUGAAUUUCAAAACAAACCCUUAAGCCAUUACUCCAUUCGGGAGCCUCAGAGGAAUCGUGACAUGUAUUUUCAUCCUCCACCAACCCAACUUGCACCUCUUCAUCUGUGUGAGUUUCAGAACAAAAAGUCUGAUCAGCCUGUGCAUUUCAACCAAGGGUUUUGGGGUGCUGAUUUGAGUCUCCAAACUGGUUCAAAUCAUGUGGGUCAUAAUGCUAGUCAAGUUAGGAGAGGAAAUCAGAAAGAUAGUGAAGUGGACUUGGAGCUCAGGCUUGGCCAUGAUCCAUACUGAAAAAAGCUAUGUCAUCCUUU